UAAAUCGUUGGCUUCUCUCAUGCACUUUGCCACUGUUGCAUGGAGGAUCUCGGGGUCAGCCUUUUGGGGAAUAGAAGUUACUCUGUGCCAUGCUUGAGCUUCUAAAAGUCUAAAAGUACAGUAUGUGCAAUGUCGCAGAUAAGCUUUAGGGUUGCUCUCCUGCUCCUGCUCUUGGUCGUCAGAUGUGUGGCAGAGGAAGAAACAUCAAGUAAAGGCUGCAUUUGUGGGUACCCUGGAAUACCAGGAGAUCCUGGUCACAAUGGCUCACCAGGGAGAGACGGUAGAGACGGACUCAGAGGGGACAAAGGAGACCCAGGUGAAGUUGGCCCUUCGGGACCAUCUGGUACCGAUGGCUUAAAAGGAGCCAAAGGAGACACUGGUGCUAUUGGUAAUGUUGGACCUAAAGGGAAAAAAGGAGAAAAUGGAGAAAAGGGGUCUCCUGGAAAAAUGGGGCCCCAAGGAAUACAGGGACCAACUGGCAUAAAAGGAAGCAAGGGAGAACUUGGCUUGCCAGGACCCCAAGGACUUAAAGGAGAUUUAGGCCCACCAGGACCACAUGGUCCAAAGGGGGAAAUUGGCCUAAGGGGUGACAGAGGUAUUCAGGGGCCACUGGGACCCCCUGGUAAGUCAGGGCCUAAGGGAGAAUUGGGUGUGCCGGGUCACAAAGGAAACAUUGGUUACCGUGGCGAAAGGGGUGCUCGGGGUGAGAAGGGUGACAGCGGCGAAAAGGGAGAGUCUCCUGUCAUCCCCAAAAGCGCCUUCUCCGUGGGACUCACAGCGCGUAGUAAACUUCCACCAGCCAACUUGCCGAUCCGGUUCGACAAGAUUAUUUACAAUCAACAGAACCACUAUGACUCACAGACAGGGAGAUACACGUGCCCCGUAGCUGGCGCCUACUUCUUCACCUACCACAUCACCGUCUUCUCCAGAAACGUGAAAGUGGCCCUAAUGAAGAAUGGGGUAAAAAUCAUCCACACCACGGACAACUACCAGACCAGCGAGGACCAGGCAGCAGGGGGCGCUGUGCUGCACCUGGAUGUGGGGGACAAAGUGUGGCUGCAGGUGGUUGGAGGAGAGCUGUUCAAUGGGCUGUUUGCUGAUGAAGAUGAUGACACCAUCUUCUCCGGGUUCAUAAUCUUUGGAUCCUAAUUAAAGAUUUUCAACAGAAAUCUAAGAUAAAGCAAAAUUUAGUUUUACUUCUAUCUAAUUAUGAUCCAAUUAAAUUAAUAUAAUUCAAAAUUGGGUUGUUAUAUUUCAAAGUAAUUACAUUAAAAUUAAUUUGUAUUUUGUUUUCAUUAUUUCAGACAUAUACUGAUACUUUAUCAGUAUAUCUUCUGCUAAAUAAAGUUGAAAUGAUUUUUCAAAUAAGAUAAAAGUUAUAUGCAAGUGUAACUAUUGGUAAUUGUCUCAUCUGAAGUUGUAAGUAAAAUAUUUCCAUUGUACAGAAAGGUAUAUAUAUGUAUGUAAAAUAUGUAUUUAAUGAAUUACCAAACUGAGUUUUCAUUAAGUCACGAUCUGUUAAAUCAUAUUAAAUUACAUCUAUCUGUCCAGGAACUGUAGGUGGAAAUUGGCAUUUUUGCUAUAACCUGGUACCAUGCAUCUAUCCUUUUAAAAGGUUAAUGAAGUGUUGUACAUUGUCUCUGUGUAAAUAAAUAAAAAAAAUGUAUAAAGAG